CUCGGCAGGAAGAAAAAGGAAUUUGUAAAAAAGAAAAUAGAAUCUGCUAAUCUCCUCCUCUGGUCUUCCUCGCUUCCUUCUCCGCAUCGCUCGCGCUCGAAAUUUUAUACCACUUUUCUCCAUCUCUCCUUCAUUCUUCUCCCCCAUCGUAAGACCUUGAGGAAAAAAGAAAAAUCUUGGUUCAAUCCUCCGGUUUUAGUUCUAAUCGGAAUGUCUUCGUCCGGUGGAAACUCUGGCGACGGAGCUGGCCGUGGCGCCGUCUCCCAUCCCCCUCAGCUCUACUUCUGCUAUACCUGCAAUCGUACGGUAACAAUUACUCCCUCGUCAUCCUCCGAUCUUUUAUGCCCCAACUGCAACGAUAGCUUCGUUGAAGAAAUGGAAAGUCCAAACCCUAACCCUAGCCCUGUUCCCAAUCCCUUCCUCUCCUUCACAUCCGAGGCAUUUCCACCUUUCAGCACCGGUGGCGGUGGGAAUGGCGGUUUCCCUAUCAUAUUCUCUACGACAUCUUCAUCUGGUGGCAUUGGCGGUGGGGGUUCUAUGAUGAAUGAUCUUUCGGCGCUAUUGGGAGGCGGUUCUCUUCGAUCGUCGUCGUUGCAAAACCCUGACGGUUUUAAUCCCUUGCUUUUUCUCCAGAACUAUCUUCAAAGCGCUAAUGUUCAAUUGGUAAUCCAAAACGCUUCGGGAGAGGCGUUUCAUCCCCCUUCCAAUUUCAAUCUUGGCGACUACUUCUUUGGCCCCGGCCUUGAGCAGUUGAUUCAACAGCUUGCUGAAAACGAUCCGAACCGAUAUGGAACCCCUCCCGCUUCAAAGUCGGCCAUUGAAGGACUUCCAGAUAUCAAGAUUACGGAGGAAUUGUUGGCUACGGAUUCUUCACAGUGCGCUGUGUGUAAGGAUACGUUUGAGCUUGACGAGGUGGCAAAACUGAUGCCUUGCAAACACAUAUAUCACGCAGAUUGUAUAAUUCCUUGGUUGGAAUUGCAUAAUUCUUGUCCAGUAUGUCGAUAUGAAUUGCCCACAGAUGAUCCCGAUUACGAGCAAAGAACUCGUGCGUCUUCAGCUCCUAAUCGGAGUCAAAGCGAAAGUCAACCCUUUGGGGAUUCUUCCACUGGUGGGGAAAAUGUUGUCGGAAGCGAUCCUAAUUCUGACGAGAACUCGCAGACUCAACAAAUGGGAGAGCGGAGGGUUAGGAGGAUAGCUUUUCCUUGGCCCUUCAGAGGUUCAGCUGCUGAGACUAGUAACAGUGGAGGUGGCAACAACAGUGGAAAUAACGACGAACCUAGCUCCAGAAAUAGGGGAAGCCAGAGUUCUUCAGAGCCAAUGCAGGAAGAUCUCGAUUGAUGAUUACUGCUAAUAAUUAAUUUGAACAAUUUUGUGGUACAUGCGGUGCUGAGAAUUUUGAGGUCAUGAAUUCCAUCCUAGGUUUGUACUUUAAAUACAUGAAGCAAUGUCACUAAUUCGCUCAACUUUGCUGUGAUCUUCUCCUUCAGUUGAAAUUUAAAAUAGAAUCAGCCUUAGUAAGGGUUUACAGGAGUUUGGUGCUAUUUAAACAUAUUUGAUAUGUGUAUUAUACUUGUAUUGUGGUAUUAGGACUUAAUUAUGACAAGAACUGAUAAUUAGGGCGUAAUGUGGCUGCCCCCGUGAUAGUGUUUCAUUCCUCGUAAUAUUUGUUAAAUAGAAACAUCAUUAAGAGCUACACAGCCUACUUUUCUAAAUAAAUAGUUCCUUUUGAUUGUUGGUAAUCAGCAAUCACGAAACAUUCAGCCCCUGACUUGAUAUUGUCUCAGUUAUUUCUUCUUUUCCAAACUUGAUUAUUAGUAACUUGUCAAGUCAUGCAUGUUUAGAAUUGCUUGCCAUGUCAUUAUCAUUUCUCUAACAUGCCACCUUAAAUGUUUUAUUGUCUACUUGGAAAAAUGUUCGUGGACUCAUUGAGAACCAAGUCUUAGUCCGAACUGUUAUUAGUAGGGCUCUUACCAUUUAUUUGGGAUGGAUUAGCAUGAUAUGUGCAAUCCAAUACUCCAACUUGCUCUUGUCAAAUUAUUUCUUGUAUUCAUCUUUUCUUUCUUUUUGCUGACUCGUUGUUCUUGCUUUCUAGAGAUUGAAACGAUUUGAUGCUGAUUAUUUUGUAGUGUCCUAUUCUAAAUUUAAUUAAAUACAACAAUGCAGUGUUAGUUUGUCCUGUGUUUGAUUUCUGUCAGUCUUUAAGAUACGACGGGUUUGUUUAAGUGUCUUAAACAUCUAUCUUCAAUCUCUAAUGUUGUCAGUAAAGACCUUUACUCUGCUACAUAUUGCUGAAUGCUCAAUUGGGCAGUUCUGUGCAUCAAGUAUUUGCGGAACUAGUAGUUUCCUUUUUCCCCUUGCUCAUUUGGUAGUAUGAGCGCACUAAAGAUUUCAAACUUUAGAGAAGUCUUCUCUCCAUUUCCCUCCCUUGGAAUCUUCCUUCGUUCUUCUUAGGAUUUAAGGAACCUUUCCUUUCCCAAGUCACAAAUUAUUAGUGAACAAGGAAAGAUACACUUUCUUUAUGUCCUUUGUCGUCUGUGUAGAGCUCGAAGAUUUUAACCGUUUCUUGAUUUUCUAUCUUUAGUAAUUGAAUGGUACUACGAAAUGAGAGUCAUCCACAAAUCGUCAUGUCCAUGCCUUGGUAAUAUUUAUAUGUGAUAGAUUUGAAGAAUGAAAUCAGAUACAAUAAGAGGGCACUUCAAAUGAAUUUAGAGUUGUAUUAGAUAUGGACCUCUUGGUAUUUGUAUCUCAAUCCUUUAUUGACUAUUUUGCUAUACAUUCAUUAUGAAUUUUUGCUUUGGAGAGAGCUAACGAAAUUUCUUUUGCAAUUUAUAGUUAUGAGCUUGGUUAAAAUUUAUCUCAUUAUCAUAUCCGUUCGACAAAUAAUUUAUAAUGUUUUAUGAAUCCAAAACUCGUUUUCCUCCUGCUUACACAUUUUUCCUACCUGAAAACUUCAAAAAUGUUUUAUGUUUAGGUUGCCCGUAGUAUGUGAAGUAUCUAUGGAAAAUAGCAACCAACCCCUUUUCCUUUUAACCUCAUUUAGAUAGGGUCCUGCCGCAGACUGCUUACACAUUUCCUUACCUGAAAACUUCAAAAAACUCAUUUAGUAAAAUAGCAACCAAAACUUCAAAACCCAUAUGCUGGAGUUCAAGUACUCCAUAAAUCACUUCAAAAGUACCUCUUGGGUCCUGCUGCAGCUGAAUAUUUGUUCUCGAACUUUUUUCAAUUUUUCAUUGGCUCAAUGCCAUCCUCAGAUUCUUGUUAUGAUUUGUAUCCUACUGUUCACGGCAUGUUACCUGUAGUGCUGCUAAUAAUGCAUCUCAUGUUCUUAAUCGUUCACAUAGAAAAUAUGAUUGCUUCUCUUCUUUAUUUAUCACUGUACUGAAAUCUGGUUGGAGUAUGUGCUUUAUUCUUUGAACUGUUUGUCAGUCAAUGAACGUGUUCAAUUGAAUUU